CUUGCGCUUGUGCCUGGAUAAUCAGAAACUCCAGUCGUUCUCCGACCGCUGUAGGGGUAGGAUUCGCUCCUGCGCGUUCCGAACUUGCGCAAACUCGUACGUCGAUCGUCGGUUUCGUUCACAAACUCUAACAAUUAAGCGUGAAAACAAUUAAAAUAAUUCGGAACAUGUGAGUUUAUGGUUCGAGUGAGAUUUUAUGAACACGAGGAUGUCCUCGCCGACAUUAAAAACGUUUCAAAUCAUAAAAACAAUUCGUACCUGAUAUUUUAAAUAGUGUUUAAAUUAAACUUUAAAACAAAUUUGAAUUGAAAUUAAAAAAAAAUCGUUUGUAUUAGAUGAUAGUUAAAAACAGUUUUUUGGAAAAUUAAGUGUGUUGAAGUGGAUUUUUCGAAGAUUCUUGUUGUGUAGAUGCUAAAAUUGUGUUUGUGAUAUGCUUAAAAGAUGGUUAAUUAUCUAAAUAUGGCUUUCAAUGUAGUUUUGAGUGAUCGUUCGAUGUGCUGCUGUGUCUUCUUCGUGCUGUUAGUUUCUGUAUCGAUAACAAAUGGUCAGUUCCGAUCUCCAAGAAUAACAGAGCACCCAUCAGAUACGAUAGUAGCUAAAAAUGAACCAGUUACUUUGAAUUGUAAGGCUGAGGGCAGACCUACACCUGAUAUAGAAUGGUUUAAAGAUGGUGAACCAGUUCGAACAUCGACAGUUGAUAAAAAUUCGCACCGAGUUAUUCUUUUAUCUGGAUCGCUUUUCUUCCUACGGACUGUUAACAGUAAAAAAGAACAGGAUUCGGGAGUCUAUUGGUGUGUAGCAAGAAAUCACGCGGGUUUCGCUACGAGUAGAAAUGCUACUCUUCAAGUUGCAGUGCUCCGGGACGACUUCCGUGCAACCCCCAGUGACACCAAAGUGGCGGCUGGAGAAACCGCUCUCCUUCAAUGUGGCGCCCCCAAAGGACAUCCCGACCCAACGGUAUACUGGAAGAAGAACAACAAAGCUUUGGAAACGGAUGGAAGGAGGGUCCGGCUAGUCGACGGCGGGAAUCUGAUGAUUUCCGAUGUCAGACAGUACGACGAAGGCCGUUACCAGUGCGUAGCACACAACUUGGUGGGCUCUAGAGAGACUCCUUUGGUCACGUUGACUGUUCACGUGAAACCGGUCUUCAACAAGAAACCGGAGGAUGUGGUCGCGCUCUCUGGCCAGCGCGUGGUCUUCCAAUGUACAGUGGAUGGCGAUCCAACACCGACGGUCUUGUGGAGCAGGGAGGAUGGCAAGAUGCCCAUCGGACGGGCCCGCAUUCGUGACGACAAAUCACUGCUGAUAGAGAACGUACAACCUGCCGACGAGGGAGUCUACAUCUGCGAGGCGAAGAACCUGGUUGGCACGAUUAAGGAGCAGGCGUCUUUGGUGGUCAACUCUCAACCCGUAUUUAUAGAAAGCCCACGCGAUCAAACCGUUAGCUUAAACGGAGUAGCAGAGUUUCACUGCGCAGCAACAGGUAAUCCGCCUCCAAGCGUAUUCUGGAAUAAGGAAGGUUCACAGUUGCUCAUGUUUCCGGAAAACUCUUACGGCCAUAUGCAUGUGAGCCAGGACGGGACGUUGCGGAUUCAAGGGGUUCAACGUGAGGAUGCAGGAUACCUUGUGUGUUCAGCUCUGAGCGUGGCAGGUUCGAACACAACCAGGGCUUUCCUUCAGGUUACGUCAGUAGCAGAUCUUCCACCACCGAUAAUCCAAAUAGGUCCGGCAAAUCAAACGCUCCCCCUUCAUAGUAUGGUAACGUUACACUGCAAAGCUACGAACCCUGAAGGAAACCCUCCGAAAAUCCGUUGGCUGAAAGACGGGAAAAUCCUACAGCCCAGUAGUACACCCGAUCGAUAUUCAAUUACACCUGGAGGCACCCUGGAUAUAGACGAUCUCCAUAUUGAAGAUUCCGCCCUGUAUACUUGUUCAGCCGUUUCGGAGAGCGGUGAAAGCUCCUGGUCUGCAUCGCUAAGCGUCGUCGAGGGAUCGUCCAUUCCAAUGCAUCGUAGUCCAGAUCCGUCCACUUUUCCCAAGGCACCUGCAGUUCCCAGGAUCAUCAAUGCAACAGAGUCUAGUGUUAGCUUAACAUGGGAAAGUAGCAACGACGACGUAGGAUUAGUUGGAUAUACGGUGGAAUAUUGGAGUCCUGAUUUACAAACGGGAUGGGUCGUUGCCGCCCAUAGAGUACCCCGUCCUUUUAUGGUAGUGCGUGAAUUAAAACCGGACAGUUCUUAUGUGUUCAUAGUGCGCGCAGAAAAUUCUCACGGCCUAUCGCCGGCAAGUGGUGUUAGUUCUACAGCUAGAACUUUAGCAAACUCCCGUACCGUCCUUCGAUCGGAAUUGGAUACCGCAAGAGCGAUGUUGAGUACAAAAUUAGUCGAACUGCACGACGCUCGUGCUUUAACUUCUAGUUCCAUUGAGUUAUCUUGGAUUUUUAGUGCACCGGACUACGUGGAAGGACUUUACAUUCGCUUUCGAGAACUUAGCGGCGGAUCUCACAACUAUAACAUUUUAACAGUGUUAAACGUCGAAAGUAGUUCCUAUACCGUGACGAAUUUAAAGAAGUUUACCAAAUAUGAAUUUUUUAUUUCGCCAUUUUAUAAAAGUGUUGAGGGACAACCAUCAAAUUCACGAGUUGCUCAAACGUUAGAAGAUAUUCCCUCAGCACCACCGGAUAAUAUUUCAGGUGAUGUUUUUAAUGAGACUGCAGGUUGGCUUAGAUGGUCUCCUCCACCACCUCAACACCACAACGGUGUCAUUCAAGGCUAUAAAAUACUUAUUAAAGGAACAAAUUCGAGAUCAAUUCAAACAAAUUCUAGUACUACAUCGAUUUUAAUAAAUAAUUUAACCGCUGGUGGGCAUUAUAAUGCGAAAGUUGCUGCGUAUACAAAAGCUGGAAUGGGUCCCUAUUCAAGUAACAUUCCACUUUUAACGACAUUUAGAGCUCAAAGUCCAAGAACUUUAGGACCGGUAAUUCCCAUAGUACGUCAAACAUGGUUCGUAGCUCUCCUUGCCAUAUUAGCGUUAAUCAUAUUAGGUAUAACGGGAGGUUUCGUGUAUUUGAAACGAAGACAAUCAAUGAAUAAGCAGUUAGGACAUUUAAACGUUCCAGUAGUAAACGCAAACCAAUUGAAUAACAAAGAAAGUUUAUGGAUUGAUAGAGGUUGGAGAGCAACUGAUUGCGAUAAAGACUCUUCAAUUCCUUUAGCAAACCAACCUGCUGAUUACGCGGAAGUUGACACUAGAAGUCUUUCAACGUUCUACAACAAAAAAAGCCCUGAUAAUCCUACUCCUUAUGCAACGACAAUGUUACUCCCUCCACCGAAUUGGUCCGAAAUCAUCCCUCCACCUCCAGAUCAUCCACCGCCAGAUUGUCCAAGAGAUAACAACGCUCCAUGUCCACCUCCUCGCGGAGGAAGUAGUUGCGGAAGUGCUGGAUACGCUUGCUACGCUGUCCACGUUCCAAGUCAUUCUGGAAGUCAAUGUAGUCGCAUAACACAAUAUCCAAGGGCAGGUUCUUGUGGCAAUUGCGAUGCUCACUGUUCUUUAGCUAGUGGAAGUUCUGGUAGGAGAUCUAAUCAACGCGGACAUUGCCACCCCCAACACGCCUGUGAUAACAAAGUUUGGGGAAAUCAACAUUGGGAAGAUGGCGAUGCGGACGUAGAAACCGAUAGACACUCGUGUUCAAGUAGUCACGAUACAACAUGUUCAUGUAGCGAGUCUUCCUGCUUAUAUGCAGAAGCUGGUCCGUCCGUAAACAUAAGGCCGAUGCCCCAACACUGCCAGAUGAAGAGGUGCGUAAAGUAAACGAUCUUGAUGAGACAAACGGUCGUGUUACAUAUCGAAAUUGAUGGAAAUUGGCGAUGUUUUCGAGUUGACUAGUCCGUAGAUGUUUAGUUACCUCUCCGUAAGCAAACUGAUGGAUGCACGACUGCGAACCCGUCUUCCUGCUAAAGUACAGCUUCGGAAUCGGAGGGGACAAUAAUCAAUUCGCCGCAAAUUAUUUCAGCUACAUUAAAUAAUAAUAAAAGCGAAAUAGCAAACGAGAGAAAGAUGAAAUAACUCUUACAAACCGAAAAUUAAUUGAGAAAUAAGUUCUGCUAAUCCUUGUAGAAACAAAACGGACGAAUAGAACUGUUUUUUUAGUGAACAUAUAAAUACGUAAUGGUAUACUCCAACAUGAAAGCUUGUACUAUAAUAACCAAAGAACUUUAAUGUUUUCGUCUCUAGAUUUCUCUAGAGCCUAUCUCUCGGAGCAACAAUACAAUCUCAGACUGAAUUCCUAUUUUUUCUUAGCAAUACUACUUUAUGACGACGAUGAUCAUUUGUAUCCUCUUAGAUUAGGUUUUGUAUACAUUGUGAUUUAGAUUAAACCCAUUGGAACGAAAAAGAAAAUAAAAAAAUAAGAAUAAAGUUUAUCAAUGAACGAAUUGACUACUACUUGUGUAAAUAUGUCUUGUAAUCUUGUAAAUAUCGAGUUGUUACUAUGUAUAAUUAAUAAGUGGACGAUACGUAUAUAGAUAUGAGAUAACGGACUUAAUGAAAUGACAGUGUAAGUUUUUCUUUUUGUAGAGAACUUCGUGUAAGAUAUGAUGUAGAUAUUUAUGACUUUUUGUUCUGUUAUUUAUAAUUAAAUAAACUUGUACUUAUAUAAAAA